AUGGAAGUCAUCAGCAAUGGGAUCCGAUCAAGCCGCAGCCAUUCCGGUCACCAGAUGGAGAAUCGCAACCCGAAAAUAAGAGCAGUCAAUCUGGGAGGCUGGCUGGUCACGGAAGGAUGGAUCAAGCCUUCCCUCUUUGAUGCAGUCCCCAACAAGGACUUCUUGGAUGGGACCGGACUGCAGUUCAAAUCGAUGAUGGUCGGCAAGUAUCUCUGCGCCGAGUUUGGAGGAGGGCGCCGACUAGUCGCCAACAGCACAGGGACUCCUGCUGGGCGUUGCCCAGCAGGUUCCGGCCCCCAAUGGGAGACAUUCAGGCUGUGGAGAAUCAACGAGAGACUCUUCAACUUUAGGGUCGCCAACAAGCAAUUCGUCGGCCUUGACUCUGGUGGGGAUGGUGUCGAUCUGGUGGCCACUCGCGAUUCGCCGGGAACCCUAGAAACCUUUGAGAUCGUGAGGAACACAGAUGAUCCAAGCCGGGUCAGAAUCAAAGCUUCCAAUCGCUGCUUCUUACAGGUAAAGACAGAGGAACGAGUGACAGCUGAUUAUCAAUGCGACGAGAGCAAUGUGUGGAGAGAUGAAGACCCAUCUGUGUUUGUGAUGAGCUUCACUAAAAGAUUGGAAGGCGAGUUUCAAGUCACCAAUGGUCUUGGACCACAAAAAGCCCCAGAAGUCAUGAGGGAACAUUGGAGCACGUUCAUAGUGGAAGAUGAUUUCAAGUUUGUAGCUGAGAAUGGAUUGAACGCGGUGAGAAUUCCCGUGGGUUGGUGGAUAGCAAGCGGCCCAAAUCCUCCACGCCCUUACGUCGGUGGUUCCUUGGCCUAUCUAGACAAUGCCUUCUCUUGGGCAGAGAAGUAUGGGUUGAAGGUGAUAAUUGACCUGCGUGCAGCACCUGGUUCCCAAAAUGGCUGGGAACGCAGCUCGUCAAGAGAUGGGUUCUGCGAAUGGGGAGACACAUAUGACACCAUUCAACAAACCCUCCAUGUCAUAGAAUUCCUAACUUCGCGAUACACCAAGAGCCCGAGCUUUUAUGCGGUCGACCUUCUGAACGAGCCACUCGCGGAGACACUCCCUCAGGAGACUGUCAGCAAGUACUACAUUGCCGGGCACAAUGCUGUCCGCAAGCACUCCUCCUCUGCUUAUGUGAUCAUGUCGUGCAUGCUGGAAACCUCCAGCAAGGAGCUGCUGCUCCCCGACGCUACCAGCCUGGACAGGACAGUUGUGGAUAUGCAAUGCUAUUUUCUGUGCGACACAGAAUUGGACACCAUCCAAGAUACCCUUCCUUUAUUUUACGAAGAUUGGUUUGCCCAAUUGGAAAGUCUCGCUACAUCAAAUGGACCUCUCAUUUUUGUGGGUGAAUGGGCAGCGGAGUGGGGACCGAAUGGAGCAACAAAAGAGGAGAACCAAGAGUAUGUGGAGGCUCAACUGGAAGCAUACGGAAAAGCCACGUUUGGAUGGGCGUAUUGGACUCUCAAGUGCGAAGAAGAUUUUUGGAGCUUGGAAUGGAUGAUGAAGAAUGGGUACAUUAAGCUUUAG